GGGUAGACGUAGUGAAAUUUUCAGCAGAUCUUCUCGAUUUAUUCAGUCAGGUCAACUGGGCUACGCAAAAUGGUGAAGAAAAAGAUUGACAAUCGCAUUCGCGUAAUGAUCGAGAAUGGCGUAAAGCUUGGCCACCGGACAAUGUUCGUCGUGGUUGGCGACAAGGGUCGUGACCAAGUCCCUAUACUGUACGACAUCUUGACGAAGGCAUCGGUCAAAGCCCGACCAACAGUGCUGUGGUGCUACAAAAACAAGGAUGAAGCAAUUUCAAAUCAUGGCAAAAAGCGUGCGAAGAAGAUACAGUCGGGCAAGAUCGAUAUCAAUGAGUCCGAUCUGUUCGAUGCUUUCCGGGUGGCGACCACUAUCCACGGCAGAUACUACAAGGAUACGCAUACGAUUUUGGGAAAGACCUACGGCGUAUGUGUAUUGCAGGAUUUCGAAGCCCUUACGCCUAACCUACUGGCACGUACGGUUGAAACGGUCGAAGGUGGUGGGUUGAUCAUCUUGCUUCUCAAAACCAUUUCGUCGCUGAAACAACUGUACACGAUGAGCAUGGAUGUACACAAAAGGUACCGCACGGAGGCACACCAAAACGUUACCUGUCGGUUCAAUGAACGUUUGAUCCUAUCCCUGGCCGACUGUUCUCGUUGUCUGCUGGUAAACGAUGAUUUGACCGUGCUUCCCCUGUCAUCCCGCACGGCAGACGUCAAGCCACUGGAUGUUUCAUCAAUAACGGGGGCCGGUCAGAAUGAGCAGCUUUUGGAGCUUAAAGAAAGCCUAGCUGAUGCUCCACCGGUGGGUCCACUGGUGAACCUGUGCCGCACGUACGAUCAGGCUCGAGCGGUAGCUCAGUUCAUUGAUGCACUUGCUGAGAAACAGCUGAAGCCGCCAACAUCGCUGACAGCGGGUCGAGGUCGAGGAAAAUCGGCUGCCAUGGGACUUGCAAUUGCUGGUUCAAUUGCAUUUGGUUACGUGAACGUAUACGUAACAUCGCCUUCGCCGGAAAAUUUGAUCACGUUGUUCGAGUUUAUCCUGAAAGGAUUCGAUGUGCUCGAAUACCAGGAGCAUACCGAUUACACGAUCAUUCGUUCGACAAAUCCGGAUUUUAACAAGGCCAUCAUACGAAUUAAUGUAACGCGAAACAACCGGCAGACGAUUCAGUACAUUUCACCUACCGAUGCGCACUUGUUGAACGCUGCCGAUCUGCUGAUAAUCGACGAGGCUGCCGCUAUUCCGUUGCCAAUGGUGAAGGCUAUGCUCGGAUCGUAUCUGGUUUUCAUGGCUUCGACGAUCAAUGGCUACGAAGGAACGGGUCGUUCGCUUAGCCUUAAGCUCCUGUCGCAACUGCAGAAGGAUAAUAAUGCCCCACCUCCGAUUAAAUUGGAAGAGUCGAUCCGUUACAACCCGAAUGAUCCGGUGGAAUCGUGGCUAACGUCGCUCCUGUGUCUGGACGCCACGGUAGUGCCAAAUCUUAGCUCCGGCUGUCCACCGCCGGAAAACUGUGAGCUCUAUUACGUCGAUCGUGACGCGCUGUUUUCCUACCACCGGGCGGCGGAAACGUUCCUGCAGCGCAUCGUUUCGAUUUGCGUGUCCUCGCACUACAAGAACAGCCCGAAUGAUCUGCAAAUGCUGAGCGACGCUCCAGCGCACCAUCUGUUUUGUUUGCUCGGACCGAUCACCAACAAGACGCAGUUACCGGAAAUUCUCGUCGUAAUUCAAAUCUGUCUUGAGGGCGAGAUUUCAUCGCAUACCGUUCAAAAAUCGUUAACACGAGGGUCAAAAGCGUCGGGUGAUUUAAUCCCUUGGAAUAUUACCGAGCAGUACGGCGAUCGCGAGUUUCCGAAGCUGGCCGGCGCGCGCAUCGUGCGCAUCGCAACGCAUCCCAACUAUCAGAGGAUGGGUUACGGAAAACGUGCCUUGAAAUUGCUGAAAAACUACUACGAGGGAAGAUUUCCUACCAUCGCUGGUAAAGAUGCCGAGGACGGCGACAACGACGAAAGCAACGGCAUCGAAACGAUCGACGACGACGAGGUCGAUCUGUUGAAAGAGACGAUCGCACCACGGAGGAAAAUUCCUACCCUGCUGAAAACACUCAGCGAGCGGCGUCCGGAAAUUUUAGACUACAUCGGAACUUCUUUCGGAUUGACCGCGGAGCUGUUGCGUUUCUGGAAGUCGCAAAAGUUUGUGCCCGUGUACCUCAGCCAGAAGGAGAACGAGCUGACCGGGGAGCACUCGUGCAUUAUGCUAUGUCCGAUCAAUCCGUGCAUCGAGCGGCUUGAAACGAAAGAGUGGUUAAAACAGUACUAUGCCGACUUCCGUCGGCGUAUACUGAAGCUGCUGGGGAAAUCGUUCAGUAAAUUUACUACCGGAUUGGCGCUCUCGCUGUUGGAUAAUAAAGCGGUCCAUGUUGAUGAAAAAGAGCUUACACAAAAGACGAUCGAUGAAGUCUUUCUUCCGCACGAUAUCCAGCGGUUGGAGAUGUACGCCAACAGCCAGGUAGAGUAUAAGCUAAUCAUGGAUCUAACUACCGAUCUGGCCUCCCUGUACUACCAAGGCAAGAUGGCGGGGGCUCACAUUGAAUCGCUGCAAAAAGCCAUCCUGCUUGGGUGCGGACUGCAGAACAAGACGAUCGACAAGCUGAUGGAAGAGUUCAACAUGCCCAGCAACCAGGUAUUGGCACGAUUUUACGACUGCAUGAAAAAGCUCACCGCAUACAUCAUGCAAGUGAUGGAGCGUACGAUCGAAGGUUCGAUGGUGAAGGAAAGCGAGCUCGAUAUGGGCGACGGUUUGGUGCCGUUGCGGCAGACCCUUAACCAGGAGCUGGCCGACGAUGUGAAACGGCUGGAGAAGCAGCAGAAGAAGGAGCUGGCCAAGCUGAAGAAACUCGAACUCGACCAGUACGCGAUAAAGGGUACGGACGAGGAAUGGAACAGUGUGCUGUCGAAAACAAAAUCUACAAUUGUUUCCAUCAAAAGUGGAGAAAAACGACUUAUCGAGGAUGACGAUUCGGUCGACCCAUCUGGAGGGCGCAAUGGUGGUGACUCGACGUUCCAAAAGAAAAAGGGCAAAUUUGCUAAAAAACAAAAGUUCCACAAGAAUAAAGCUUAACAUGUACCAGAGGAAUGAAGAUAUACAAAAAAAAUGUAUCGAAAAAACUGUGGCCGUUGUGAAAAUGUAACAGGAU